AUGGCGGCAAAGGCGCAGUCGCCCUUGCGGCAGACCUCCCGAAGGUACACGCCGUAUCCUGGCGUCCUCCAAGUCUUGCUCGUGAGCUACUAUGUGUUCUAUCCAUCCCUAGUUCCCACUGGUGCCCUAGCCGAAAGACAAGCCAAAAAGUGCAAAACCUUCCAAAUCUUCAGAGACCCAGACGCCAUCGAAGGCGGCACGCCCAGUUUCGUAGGCACACCGCAAUGCUGCUGCCAAGACGAGCAAUGCCACGUCAUCGACCGUGUCAACGGCAUCAACACCUCGGCGAACCUCAAUGAUUUCCUCGCGGGUACGUUUACUAUUGAGGAUGCUCGCGGCCAAGAUAAAGGGACUGCGGGGUCGAAUGAUAAUCGGGGGGCUACGUAUACUAUUGGGGCGCAGGGUGGGUGUAGCAAGUGAAUUGGGGAUGUUGUGGAUAUGAAGCGUUCCACGACGCAGAGCUCAUUAGGGAGUUAACAAGACGAUUCGAGAAAUUAAAAGAGGCCAUCCCUCGAGUUACCGCGUGCUCAAGCGGAUGAAGUGAGACAUGACGAGAAGAGUGCAGGUUG